AAUUUAUUUAAUUUUAUAUAUUUUUCAAUAAAUUAAAUAUUAUAUGGGGACAUUUUUUAGGAACAAAAACACUAUUACGAUACAAUUAUACAACAGCCAAUAAAAACCAUAUUGAGAAAACUUACUACAUAGAAGUGAUAAUCUGUCAAAUAAUGCUCGCAACUGUCAAGUUUUACACAUAUCUAUACAUAUUUGACAAUGUUUGUUGCUUUAAAAAUUACAUACAUAUAAUUCUGCAAAUAUAUGUACUGUUUUUAUGUGUACCAAAUGAAAUUAAACAGUUUUUGUACCUAAAUUGAAAGAAUAUAUACGAAAUUUUACUUUCUCUUUUUUAAUUUUUAGAAGGCAUCAAACCAGAAAGUAAUCUAUGAAUUUAGGCGUGUUUAAUAGAGUUAAUCUUAAGGAUACCCAAGGAGGAAUGUAUUCCGAAUGGGCUUCUCUAAGUGUUUUGAUUCAACAAGGCUCAGAAGAAAGUCAAAGUGUCCUAGAAAAGUUUUCUCCUGGAGCAGGAAAAGAAGUUGCUUUAUCUAUUGUACGUCAAUUGGCUGCAAAUCUUGGCAUUACACAAGCAGCUGAGCCUAGUCCAUUAUGUACAGAUAAGGAAGUACAAUGGUGUAUGGAAGUAAUAUGUUUUGGGCUAUCCUUACCUUUGGCUGAGCAUGAUACUGUUAGAGAUUGUGUUAAUGUAUAUUGUGAGUGGUUGUCUGCAUUAUAUUCUACACCGAAGAUAUGUGUACCUAGACCAAUCAUAGAUGAUCCUAAUUUCUAUGCCAGAAAAAUAAUCAGCCAUUUUCAUAAUUUAUUUGUUCCACGAAAAGGAGAAGUCUGGCCAUUUUUAUAUCAGGAUCUAGGAACAGAUACAAUUAAUAGGCAAGCUGUUUUAUGUCAUAGAGUACUUAGAACAUUGCAACAAAUUGCAAGAGGACCUGCCACUUUAGAAAGAGAAACCUGGGAGAGCUUAUUAUUAUUUCUUAUUGGUAUUAAUGAUGCGCUUUUAGCUCCUCCUGCAACAAGAGAGGAUGCUGGAGAGCAGUUAUGUGAAAGAGUUCUAGGUGUAUUGCUAGAGGUAUGGUUAGUAGCAUGUGAACGCAAUUUUCCAUCACCACCAUUAUGGCGCACAUUAAGAGAGUCAUGUCUUCGUUGGCGACACAGAUUAGCAUUGGUAGAACAGUGGAAUCGUGUUUGCCUUGCUCUUACAGCAAGGCUCUUGCAAAUUAUGUAUGGUCCAAUGUUUCCAGAAUUAAAAAUAAGUGAAGAAGAUUCUCAACUUGUACCACCUACAAUGUCAGAUGAAGCAGUGGCUCAAGCUUGGUAUAGAUUGUUGCGAACUAUAGGUGAUCCUGUUGAUCUAUGCAGACCUGCUGUUAUUUCACAGACUCAAGCAUUUUUACAGUAUGCUAUUGCAAGUCCAAAUGUAAUAGAUCCGUGUCAACAUCCAUGUUUACAGAGCUUGCCACAAAUAUUUUUAAAAGCCAUUAAAGGUAUAGCUGGACAAGUGGAUGCUUUCCUUGGAGUUUCACAGGCAUGUUGCUGGGAAGAAUGUUGUGUAUCUACCAUCACAUGUGGAUCUGCUAGCACUGGAAGUGGAGGUGUAGGAUGGGAUAAAUCAAGUAGUAAGGAUAUGACGCAACCUUCUCCUACACCUCCAACACAACGCAGACUUGCCAAAAGUUUCAGUGUAACACCUUCUGCAGUGACUAAGGGAAUCCCAAAAGCUUCCUUGAUUGGUUUAACAACAAGUCGUGUGUCAAGUACACCACCUAUGUUAAUAUCUAAUUCAGGACCAUCUUCGGCCUCAAGUACAACAUCUAUGACUUCAUUAGUUCAAGACAUUAGGCCUCCUUUAGCUCCAGGGCGGCCAAAAUGUAACAGUAUAUUACAUCUUUUUGGUGAAUGGUUAUUCGAAGCUGCAUUUAUAGGUACUGAUGGAUGGUCACAAAAUUUACCACAACCAUCAGGUGCAUCAAAACGUCCAUCUUCUGUGCUUGUUGAGGGUCCUAGUUCUUUGCAAGAAACUGUUAACGAUGUUCCACCAGCUCUUUGCAUAGAUCGUUAUGAAUCCGGAAGAGCAGAAGCUUUGGGAGCACUAUGUCGAAUAUUUUGUGCUAAAAAGACCGGAGAAGAAAUUUUACCUAUUUAUCUAGCUAGAUUUUAUCAAGCAAUGAAUCAUGGUCUUAAAGUUGAUGAAUCCCGAGAAUGCGGUGAAACGUUAGCAAGUAUUCUUUUGAAUUCUGCUGAUUUAUUUCGUCUAGAUCUAAAUGGUGUACAAGUGUUAGUGCCUGCAGUAAUAUCGGCUUUAGAAACUGUACUUCCAGAAAAAGAUUUAAAACUUAAAUCUAAUGUUGUAUCAAAACCGGAUUUACGAAGAGCCUCAAUACAUUUAUUAAUAUCAACACUGGCGUUACCUCUACACUUUCAAAACCUUACUAUCAAGGAACUUCCAACAUUUCUAAGUCCAAUGGUUACUGACAAAAAUCAUGUAACAUUUGCACAGUUAAAAUCGAGACUUAUGAAUUUGCUUAUAAACGCACUACAAGUUGAAACUGAUUCUCAGAAUACUCAUAUGUUGCUAGGUGCUCUUUUGUUAAGUGUACAAGACUCUGCAGCAGCAGAAGAAGUUGAGCAAGUCACACAACCUGACGCUCUGGCACAUGAUUCUGCCGUAAAUUUAUUAUCAUCAGUCACCAGCGAUUCUGCCAGUCAAAUAAGUAUAUCCAGUGACCAACGCUCGCUCGGUGACACCUCUGAUAUUACAACUCUUCAAGAGGAAUGUGUUGCAUUUGAUUCAGCUCAUGCUCUUUUUGUAAGAGCUACAUAUUUAGUUUGUCACAGAUUAAUAUCAUCAUGGAAGACAGAUUUAAAUAUCUCUCUAGCAGCACUUGAGAUAUUAUCAGGAUUAGCUAGAACACGUAUUCGUGAAACAGAUGCUUUAGAAUGUAAACGGGCUGUGAAAUGGCUCUGUGACUACAUUGCAUAUCAGUGUUGGCGUCCACCACCAGCUCAUUCUAAAGAUCUUCAUUCUUCUAUUGUUGCUGCAUUUAGUUGUUUAAAAACUUGGCUCACUGCUCAUUCACAAUUGUUACAAGAUAAGGAUUGCUUAACAACAGUUCUGGAAGUAGUCGAACUUGGUGUGUCAGGAACAAAAAGUGUAGGAAAACCUGGUGAACCCAUUAAAAUGAAAGAUGAGAAAGAAUUAAAACCAGCAUCUAUGCGUGUUAGAGACGCUGCUGACGCGCUUCUUACCGUCAUUUUAGAACAAGUUGGUUAUUUCCCUAGUGCAUGUGGAGCACAGUCAUUGUCAUCUUUACUAGAUGAAGUAUCACUUCUCCGACAUUGUAAUAGUUGGACUGGGGGUAGAGUCCCACGUCAAGCAGCAGUUGAAAGAUUUCGAUAUUUUGUUGCAGAAAAUGCUACUAUAUUAGCAUUAUUAGAAGAACCACUUGGAAAUGAUCAAGAUCCACAACCUACUGUAACUGUAUUAAUACGUGGUCCAUUCGGAAGACAUGCUUGGACUAUGCAGCUUCGACAUUUACCAAGACAUAGAUCUAGUAUAAGAAGUGUAAAUACAAAUCCAGGUCGACCACUGCCAUUAGCUGAAGCUGCUCCACGAACAGAUUACAAACCUAAAUUUUUUCCUGAUAAUGUAGAUCGAAUUCCACAUUGUAAAGUGGAUGAAUCUAUUCCAAGUUUAGAAGCAGUUAUGAAUGAUAAUGAUGUAAUCAGAAAUGAACAUCAAAUUUUGUCGCAAUUGUUAGAACGUCAAAUGAAUAUUGAAACAAAAUAUUGUGAUGGAAAUGAUAAAGUUUCAGAGGAAAAGACGGAAGAAUGUGUACCACCUCACAUUUGCCACGAAUUUCAAACUGCACGUCUGUUUCUAAGUCAUUUUGGUUUUUUAAAUAUCGAACCUAAAGAAAACAAUGAAUCUAGAAACAGUGGCCUUACUGCUUUAGAUCCAACCAUUCCAGGAUUUUAUUUAGACCUAGAAACUUUAGAUAACAUUAGUCCAAGAACAUGUGAUACUGUUUACAUUUUUUAUGUAAAAGCUGGACAAAAAACUUCUACAGAAAUAUUAUCUAACGUGUUACAUGAAUCGAAUGUAUCAUCGAAUUUCUUAGAAUUCUUAAAUUCUCUUGGCUGGCCAGUUUCUGUAUCAACACAUGCCGGUUGGACUGGACAUAUUUCUACUUCAUGGAGAGUAACACCACAAUUGAAUGUACCACAACCAGCUCAUAGUGAUCAUGGUGGAGCUCUUUAUAACGGCGAUACUCAUGUACUUUAUUGGGCAGAUGUUAGCUCAGAAAUUGCCUUUGUUGUACCCACUCAGUUAAACAAUAUGGUAAAUUCAGACUCACUGGAGGAAACAAGUUAUGGUAGUGAUAUCAGUUCUAAUCAAGUUUGGUUUGAAAGAAGCAUUAGUGAAAGUACUUCACCUCGAAAUAGUGGGACAGGACAGAAUACAAUGCAAAACUCGCGAACAAUGUCACUUGAUUUAGAAAAACAGCCACCUAGUUUAACAGGAUCUAAUUCCUGUACCUCUUCUAAUGUGGAUUUAGUAAAACCAAGAAAAACAGCUAAACAAGUUUUACCUGUACAAACUGACAUUAAAAUUAUGGUUGUUUGGCUAGAGAGUUUAGAGGAUUUUGCUCAAUUUCCAAUUAGUGAUCUUCUUCCUUGUACUUAUAGCGGUCUUGAACAAUCAAGAGUCAUUCAAGUAUCAGAUGUACAAGUAAUUUUUCUCCAAGCUCUCAGUAGUGGAUUAAUGAGAGUCAGAUUACAAGGUCCAGUUUCUAGAAUUAAUUUGGCCACUCCACUAAUUGAUGGGAUGGUUGUAUCUAGAAGGGUAUUGGGAACACUUGUUAGACAAACAGCAUUAAAUAUGGGACGUAGGAAAAGGCUUGACAAUGAUAGUUACCACCCACCACAUGUACGUAGACGUUUGAAGAUUCAAGAAAUGGUACAAAAAUAUAAGAAAAAUUUAACUGAACCAGAGCUACUAACACUUUUAUUUAGUAGUACCCAAACUUAUCAAAUUUAGUAAAAUUAAUAUAAAUUAAAUUUACAUUAAAUUACACAUAUAAUAAAGAUAUAUUUCUGAAUAAUAAAUAUACAUUACUAUAGAA